GAGGACACGAGAACUUCCGCAAGAUGAUCGACGAGGCGGAACCGCUGGGCUACCCCGUGGUGGUGAAGAACGCACGUGGUCACAGAGGUCAGUCUGACCGCGACCAUCCCUCCCCUCACCUCUCUCACCCCUCUCUUUAAUAACAGAACCGGCCCAGGCCUCUCGGUUUAUGCAAAACUGUUUCUCGAAUCCUCUUACACCAUUGUGUGCGUGGCCAACAGCACCUCGGUCCACCCAUAUAAGGAAUUUAACAAAGGGGUGCUAAGUGGUUAUGUCGUCGUGAAAAGGAAAGCACAGAGUACACAUCUUUGACGGCUUAUUUAAACCUUUUGUAUCACCCUCGCUGAUUUUUCCAAAUUUACUUCUCAUUUAAAGUAGGAUUGCCAGAUACGUUUUUGAACCCUAUAACUUAUGUUUAAGUUAGUAAAGAGAUUGAACCCUGGCUAUUUCACAGAGGACUCCUGGCCCAUCAACUUUUCAGUCAUAGACACUUUACUUGGUCUCCCAGUUGGUCUCCCAUUGUCCGUAUAGAUAAGUCUCCCGAGUGGUGCAGUGGUCUAAGGCACUGCAUCGCAGCUCUAGCUGUGCCACUAGAGAUCCUGGUUCGAAUCCAGGCUCUGUCGUAGCCGGCCGUGACCGGGAGACCCAUGGGGUGGCGCACAAGUUGUCCAGGGUAGGGGAGGGAAUGGCCGGCAGGGAUGUAGCUCAGUUGAUAGAGCAUGGCGUUUGCAACGUCAGGGUUGUGGGUUCGAUUCCCACGGGGAGCCAGUAUGAAAAAAUAAUGUAUGAACUCAAGUUGCUCUGGAUACAAGCGUCUGCUAAAAUGUAGAUAACAAUAGACUUUGGGUUACUGUCUAUCAAGAAAGGGCAUUGUAAACACUGGAAUGGCCACUGACAUUUGAUUUUGUAAUUACAAAAAAAGUACCCCUGGACGACGCUGGGCCAAUUGUGCGCCGCCCAUGAGUCUCCAGGUCGCGGCCGGCUGCGACAGAGCCUGGAUACGAACCGGGAUCUCUAGUGGCACAGUUAGCACUGCGAUGCAGUGCCUUAGACCACUGCGCCACUCCACCAUUCUCUUUUACGUUUUACUUUGUAUAAAGAAGCUGUUAUGGGACUGUUUUACUUACUGUAACUUUAUUAAUAAUUACAUUUAUUGUAAGGGAAAUUAAAACAUGCUAUGUGUUGCAGUAGGCCUUUAGAAUAAUGCAAAACAUAUCCUUGACUCUAUCCAACUUGAUGAGCGGGAAACAAACGAUGUCAGUCAGCCUUCACAGCCGGCCCAUCGAAACUACACCUAAACUAUACAGAAACUAGUUUCACACAUAAUAAGAGUUAGCCUAUAGAGAAGAUGGACAAUAAUCUGAUGAGUGACAAUAUUAGGCCUAUCAAUUGUCAAAUUGAACAUGAAGAGAUGGGCCUUACUUGUAAUUUACAGAUGUACGGAAAGGAUCGUCCUCCUUCAGAGUCAUAUGCAGGUGAAAUGUUGUGAUUUCUAUAUAGUAUCAGAAAGAGCAUAUUUUGCCGUUUCUAUUACACUUACCUUUGUCAAAUAACUCAUAAUUCAAGAGGUGCAGAUUUCACUUUUUCCAAGAAUAUUCGUGCUGUCCAUGCAUUCAGCAAAUGACCAAUCGCGUGGCAGCAUUGCUCUGGCUGCUAAGCAAAAAGUAGUAACAUAAUAAACGUACAAUUUAAAUAUGCUAUUUAUCUAUGCAAUUCAUCCUUUACAAUUGUUCAUGCACUGGUGCUUUUGUUUAGGAAUACAGCAAAUAAUUUCACCGGUGCACCUGCCUGGUUAUAUUAUUAUUAUAUUUUUCCUUUCUACUUUGUCAAAACUCUAUUACUAAUCAAAUCUACAAAGUUGAUCAAAUGGAUUACACUGUAAUGUUUUUAUUGUGAGGGAAAUGAGAAUAGGCUAUCGGCCAAAGUUUUUUUUGAAGGACUUUGUAGAAUUUUACAAAACAUAUCCUUGACUCUAUGUAAACAAAUAACUGUUGUAUUUCUUUAUGCAAUUAAUCCUUUAUAAUCGUUUAUGCAUUAUUUAUCAAGCAAUGUUGCUUAUGUUUGCUGCACCUUGCAGGUUGAUAUGCAAUCUGAUGCAUAUGCUAAAGGAGACGCCCGGCAACGUUCUCUAGUGGGUACUUACAGUGAGGGAAAAAAGUAUUUGAUCCCCUGAUUUUGUACGUUUGCCCACUGACAAAGAAAUGAUCAGUCUAUAAUUGUAAUGGUAGGUUUAUUUGAACAGUGAGAGACAGAAUAACAAACAAAAAAUUCAGGAAAACGCAUGUCAAAAAUGUUAUAAAUUGAUUUGCAUUUUAAUGAGGGAAAUAAGUAUUUGACCCCUCUGCAAAACAUGACUUAGUACUUGGUGGCAAAACCCUUGUUGGCAAUCACAGAGGUCAGACAUUUCUUGUAGUUGGCCACCAGGUUUGCACACAUCUCAGGAGGGAUUUUGUCCCACUCCUCUUUGCAGAUCUUCUCCAAGUCAUUAAGGUUUCGAGGCUGACGUUUGGCAACUCGAACCUUCAGCUCUCUCCACAUCGCCCAACAUCAGUGCCCGACCUCACUAAUGCUCUUGUGGCUGAAUGGAAGCAAGUCCCCGCAGCAAUGUUCCAACAUCUAGUGGAAAGCCUUCCCAGAAGAGUGGAGGCUGUUAUAGCAGCAAAGAGGGAACCAACUCCAUAUUAAUGCCCAUGAUUUAUGAAUGAAAUGUUUGACGAGCAGGUGUCCACAUACUUUUGGUCAUGUAGUGUAGUCAGGCUGCACACUAGAAAAAGGGUGCCUCUGAGCACAUUUGAAAGGGAGCACCAUCCCCCAAAGAAACCCCUCACUUUCCCCAAAUCAACCAAACUAUCCUGGAGGGGCAAUUAGGCUACCUGUCCUUUUGUUAGAAUAGAUCUGUCUGGACAGGCCAAUUAUUUCAUUACCAUCCCAAUAUGACAAAAUAAGUGCUAAAGUGUAAAACAGAACAUUGAUGACAUAUUUUCAGUACUUACAGUGAGGGAAAAAAAGUAUUUGAUCCCCUGCUGAUUUUGUAUGUUUGCCCACUGACAAAGACAUGAUCAGUCUAUAAUUUUAAUGGUAGGUUUAUUUGAAUAGUGAGAGACAGAAUAACAACAACGAAAUCCAGAAAAACGCAUAUAAAAAAUGUUAUAAAUUGAUUUGCAUUUUAAUGAGGGAAAUAAGUAUUUGACCCCUCUGCAAAACAUGACUCAGUACUUGGUGGCAAAACCCUUGUUGGCAAUCACAGAGGUCAGACGUUUCUUGUAGUUGGCCACCAGGUUUGCACACAUCUCAGGAGGGACUUUGUCCCACUCCUCUUUGCAGAUUGUCUCCAAGUCAUUAAGGUUUUGAGGCUGACGUUUGUCAACUCGAACCUUCAGCUCCCUCCACAGAUUUUCUAUGGGAUUAAGGUCUGGAGACUGGCUAGGCCACUCCAGGACCUUAAUGUGCUUCUUCUUGAGCCACUCCUUUGUUGCCUUGGCCGUGUGGGACUUUGCGGGUGCUGCAGGAUUUCAGUCCUUCACGGCGUAGUGUGUUACCAAUUGUUUUCUUGGUGACUAUGGUCACAGCUGCCUUGAGAUCAUUGACAAGAUCCUCUCGUGUAGUUCUGGGCUGAUUCCUCACCCUUCUCAUGAUCAUUGCAACUCCAUGAGGUGAGAUCUUGCAUGGAGCCCCAGGCCGAGGGAGAUUGACAGUUAUUUUGUGUUUCUUCCAUUUGCGAAUAAUCGCACCAACUGUGGUCACCUUCUCACUGAGCUGCUUAGCGAUGGUCUUGUAGCCCAUUCCAGCCUUGUGUAGGUCUACAAUCUUGUCCCUGGCAUCCUUGGAGAGCUCUUUGGUCUUGGUCAUGGUGGAGAGUUUGGAAUCUGAUUGAUUGAUUGCUUCUGUGGACAGGUGUCUUUUAUACAGGUAACAAGCUGAGAUUAGGAGCACUCCCUUUAAGAGUGUGCUCCUAAUCUCAGCUCAUUACCUGUAUAAAAGACACCUGGGAGCCAGAAAUCUUUCUGAUUGAGAGGGGGUCAAAUACUUAUUUCCCUCAUUAAAAUGCAAAUCAAUUUAUAACAUUUCUGACAUGCGUUUUUCUGGAUUUUUUUGUUGUUAUUCUGUCUCUCACUGUUCAAAUAAACCUACCAUUCAAAUUAUAAACUGAUCAUUUCUUUGUCAGUGGGCAAAUGUACAAAAUCAGCAGGGGAUCAAAUACUUUUUUCCCUCACUGUAUAGGCUGAAAUGCCAGGUGAUUCUAGUGUUAAAUGCCAAGUCCAGUCACAAUUCAGUUUUUCCUGUGUUUUAUAUCAUAUUGUACAACAGCUGAUGAAACUUAACACUGUAAAAGUGUGGGGGAAAAAGCAAUUUGAUUUCUCUAUACUAACUGGUUAAAAAUGCAAUCUACACAGGACCUUCUAAUCAGCAGGUUUGCAUUGGCAGGAGUUUUGACUUUCCAUGGUGACAUCACCAUGCGGUAAAUUGGUUAAUAGACCAAUAACAAAGACUUUCAAACCUCUCUGCCAAUAACGAGUUGUUUUCAGUUUUCCCCUCCCUACUCAGACCCCUCCCAGACAUUCCUAGCAAAUUUCUUCCUUGAGAAAUAUUAUUUAGCUAAAAAGCUUUUUUUGCCUAUUUUAAGGGAAAUCUAUUACAGUAAGGUACUUAAUUGUUACCCAGAAAUGAUUUUAUAUUGAUAUAAAAACGACUGCAUUGGGCCUUAAGGAAAGGGGCCAUUGGUGGAUAUCAGCCAAUGAGCCAUGUCUUGACCAUUCACAUGACUAAGAUCCAGCUAGCUAGCCAAUCGCAAUCAGUUUUGCCAACUUAGCGACUUUGUCGCUAUAUUUAGUGAGUAUUCAGACCCCUCUAGCGACACAUUUUCAAAAAAGCGACUAGCGACAAAUCUAGCAACUUUUUCUGGUGUUAUUGGAGACUCUGACGUGAAAGCACGUAUCGUUCUUACUCUUCUCAACGAGCAGCGGGUGCUGCCGUGGGGGUGGGGGCCCCACCCCUGUCCCAAAGCACUCACAGGCGGCCCAGUCCUCGCGCAGCUUUUUACUCACUUUUUGUCUCUCCCACGAUGUUAUUCCUCCCUCCUACAGCGUCCAUCUCAAUUACAUGCACAUGGCCAAUUAUGCAAAUUAAGUGAUGAUGUCAUGUAGCAACUUUUAGGACAGCCAAUAGCUACUUUCCUUACUGAGGAGAUGGCAACACUGAUCGCAAUGCCAGCAGGGGCAGAAUCAUUUCCUUCUUUUGAUGAAAAAUCUUCUUAUUUUUUCACAUGUAACCUCUUUGUUGAGUGUAGACUCUACAUUUAAUUUGGCUGGCUGGUUGACACUGGUUGUUAGCAACGCAACCUAUUCUAAUAUCUCUACACACACCCCAUCACACUCGCAUGCUUCUCUCACGAGUCUCCCUUCCUGGUCCCUCAGUCAACGCUAACUGUGUUGGGGUCAGAGGAGGUGCCACUGAGCAUGAGGACAAAGUCCACUCUAAUUAAAAUGGGCCCUGGUAUUUUUGUAAGCCAGUGCGAGAGGCAUUCUGCUCUCUCCCACAAUGGCUUCUCAGUCAGUGUCCCGAGUGUCUCGAGAGAUUUCUCAAUUUCAUUUGUUACAUGGCCGUUGAGGUGAGAGGUGUCAACAUUCACGCUAACACUAUCAUCUUCAGAAGAGUACUGAAUGUAAUGCUAUAGAGUAUAACAUGGAGGACUAUAGUCAGGUGAAUGAAUUAUGACUUUUCCAUGACAAAAAAAAACAUGUGAAAUCACAUUUUCACAUGUGAAAUAGCUGUUUUCACACGUUGAGCUUAAAUUUAGAGUUCACAUGUUAACACUACCUUUUCACAUGUGAGGAGAAUAACGUUUCACAUUUUUAUAAAACUUUCACAUUUGAGAAACUUCUGAAGUCGAGAACAAAAUUCUUAGUAUUGCAAACAAAAAUAAUGAUAUUGAAAGCAAAACAAACUCAAAAGUAUUGAUAGCAAAACAAAAUAUUGCACAGAUUUUUUUUGGGGCGAGAGCAAAUAAAUUGUAAAUGGAUGCAACAAAAUCAGUGAUACCAAAUAAAUGAUAACGCAAUUAAAUAAAACGCCUCCCUCUUUCCUGUAAUUUCCCCUGUCUUUGGUUAUGUCACCCUGACAAUGGCUUUCGCUGCAUUUUUUCCAGUGGGAAGUUUUGGCACAUUCAUUCCAGCAACAUAGCACCCUGCAUCCCACUGCUGGUUUGCCUCUGAUGGAAGACAGAUGUAGCUGGAAGUGGUGAAAGUAAUCAUGUGAAGGGAAAAACACGAGAUUUGUUCAUGUGAUUUUCUUCAUGUUUUCUUUGUAAGGGUUGUGACUGAAAACUCUUACUCACUCUCUCUUUCUCAUUCUGUUUUUCUCAUUCAUUGUCCAGGCCACGAACCAUCAAUGUUUCUUUUUCUUUUAAAAGCGUCUUCUUCAUGUAAUGCUAUAUCAAUUAAAUUGUUCUCUCUGGCUUCCCUCCACUCUGACUCUGUCAGGAAAGGCUGUGUUCCUGGCCAGGGACAAGCACCACCUGGCCGACCUGAGCCACCUGAUUCGCCAUGACGCUCCCUACCUCUUCCAGGAGUACGUGAAGGAGUCGCACGGCCGCGACGUCCGGGUGGUGCUGGUGGGCGGCCGCGUCAUCGGCUCCAUGCUGCGCUGCUCCACCGAUGGACGCAUGCAGAGCAACUGCUCCCUGGGUGAGUGAUGCUGGGCAGAGGAGAGGAGGAUAUUCAGCCACUCUUGGAGGACAAUGGGAGUUAUAUAUUUUUUAUGCUUAUUUAUAAAAAAAUGAACACAUUUCAGCUUGUAGCCUUCAUCAGGGUUUUACAGACAGAAAAUAAAGGAGGCUUGAGUGAUACUGGACAGGCAGGUCCCCUAGGGCUGCCAGUGUCACCACAGUGACCGCACAGACACCCACUGGUGGGUCCUCUGCAAAGUUUGUCUCCAGUGGUUAGGUCUAUAGACAGGGGUGCACAUAACUGGUACACAGGUACGCAAGCACAACAAAAAUCAGGAAUGCGUAAUGCCACUUGUGUUACUACGCGCCUUUGUGUACUUGGCCGAUCUUCUCAUCUAACCUUACACAUGACAUGUUGCUUGUCAACUACUGUCAGGGAUGUCCAAAAAGCAACAGACAUUAAGCAGCUUCUUUGGCAUUUCGCCACCUACAAAGAAACGGCAACUGGAGCCAGAGCCGAAGAAAAUACUUUUUUUUGGAAAAGUGGCUCCAAGAUGUGCAGUGGCUUGAAGCUAACGAUGAGCGCACUGAAAUGUGGUGCAAGAUUUGCCGCUCAAAUCCACAUCUAACAGACAAAACAGGUGCAUUUUAUAAAGGCUCAAAGAAUUUCAACCAUCCUUUAUUUGACAAACAUGAAAAGAGCAAUGAGCACACGAAUGUGGCGCAAGCCAUUGCUAAACAAGCUAGCCGAGAAGAAAUGUCCAGUCGCCCACUUGCCAGAUGGCGAGACAAGCUGAAUGAAGAACAGCGGCAAGCUCUGUUUAAUAUUUUUCUCCUCGCCUUCAAUGAAGCUAAACACGCACGUCCCAUGUCUUCCUAUUCUGAGGAUGUUCCUUUACUGAAGCGGCUAGGAGUAAAUGUCGGAGGUGCAUAUCAUUCACGUGAAGGGGACACACGGAUCAUGCAGAGCAUCGCUCACACCAUCAGCAGGGAGUUACGAGCCAAGUUGCAGUCUGCUGAAUUUUGGGGGCUUCUUUUUGAUGGAUCUGAGGACAUCACAAAAACUGAGCAGGAAAUCGUUUACAUUGUGUCUGUGUCCAGCAACGGAGAGUUUACUUCAGACUUUAUUGGACUGAUUGAAUUGGGUGCUGACCGAACCGCGCAGGCCAUAACAGACGGACUUGUGAGACUUUUCCAGGACACAGGCUUGGAUGACUGGACAACAAAGUUGGUCGCUGUGUGCACAGACGGGGCUGCUGUCAACGUAGGUAUCUACAACGGGGUUGUGCCAAAAUUCCGGCAACUUGCUGCGGUUGGAGACUCCCUUGUGCACAUUCUGUGCACCGCACACACACUGGAGAAUUGCGCGAAAUCAGCUGAUCGCAACGUUCCUUACUGUGAGAUAUUUAAUCGCUCUGUGGUCAAGCUGCUGCAGUUUUAUUUACAAAAAGGUGGAGCAAAAAAAACUGCUGCACUGAAUAAGCUAUGUGAAGAAAAUGGGAUCUCCUUUGUGAAACUGGGUAAGUUUCAUAAUAUCAGAUGGUCUGCAUGGAGGCAUGAAACACUGUUAAAAAUAUCAAGACUAUUGCCAGCCAUUAAAAUGCAACUGGUUACGAGUGAUAACAGUGACUUGCAGCAUAUGUGCACAGAGCGUUUUCAGUGCUUUCUGUCAAACAUGCUUGACAUUUGCAACAUUUUGAAGACCACAUCCAUUAGGUUUCAGAAGGAAAAGCUGACCAUUGGAGAAUGUAAGGAUGAACUCAUGGUGGCCAUUGGACAGUUCACACUUCUGCUUGAUGGUGAAAGCCACAGGGCACACACUGUUUCCAAUGCUGAUGCUGACAGAGACAAGACACACUUACUCAGGGGGUAAUUGAAGAGUUUGAAAUCAGAUAUGAAUCCCUCAAGUCAUGUGAUAAUUUCUUAGUAUUUGAUCCUUCAACAUGGCCUCAGGAAAUGCAAGACCUCCACAGUUUUGGAAACACAACCGUUUGCAGCAUUCUCAAGAAAUAUGAGGCCACCUUGCAACUUGACAAAGAUACCACUGUGACAGAAUGGAUGCGCUUAAAGCAGGCAGGAAAACGCCUGGGAGCCUCUUCUGUGUAUGACUUGGUCCAAAUAGUAAAUACAAGUAACCCAGAUGCUUACUCCAACAUCAACAAGGUGGUUAAGCUGUCUCUUAAACUGCCUUUAAGCAGUGCAGCUUGUGAGAGGGGAUUCUCACAUCUCAACAUAAUAAAAACCAAGUACAGAUCUCGUCUGUCACAUGCUCGUCUCUCAGCCCUGAUGCACAUUCACCUGUCAAAGAAGACCACAGAGACAUUUGACCCAAAGCCUGCUGUUGACCUGUGGAUGGAGACAGCUAAUCGGAGGCUCAACCAAGGACAGGGAGGUGCAUCUACAGCAUCUUCAUCAUCUACCAUGCAAGAAGCUGAAGCAGAGGACAGUGGUGGCGACACAGAAGAGGACAGUGGUGGCGACAGUGAGGAAGACUGUACUUAUGAAGACCACGCUACAUAUGGGGUGAGUACCAGACACCAUCUGCUGGUACUCACCUGAGUAACUCACUGAAAAAGUUAUGUGCACCCCUGUCUAUAGACUUGUUAUUGCUAGAGAGAACCAAGGUCAGGGCCAAAUCAGUUUCAUAAAGUUCCAUAAAAUGAAUUAGCCUUUUUUUAUAUACUAUAUUAUUUUCAGUGAAUGAGAUUAUUUCUUUAGUUGGCUAAGAAACAUAUGGAACGGACCCUGAACAUGCUAUUUCCAUUUUUUUAUGUUAGGAAACCACAUCAGAGCACAGGGGACAGUGAGAGGAGCAGUGCACUUGAAUUUGGCCACAGAAGGACAAUAUAGUUGUCUUGAACGUGACUUUGCUUUUGAUGACGUCUGCAGUUUUACGCUAGCAAACACACUCAUGUCUUGUGACAUUUUGGGGUCAUCAGUCCUCAAUUGUUCCAAUAGUUUUUUAACAAAAUGUUGUUUGUCUUACGCAAGCAUAGAUUCUCGGUUGCUCUGGCUUACUUACAUAGUAUAUGAUUUAUUUGUUUGUCCAUCCUAUUUCUAUCUAUUGCUCUAAACUAAAUACAAAUCAUUCCACAUUUCACAAUACAUUAAGAAAUAGUUGCCCUGGGAGUUGGUCACUGUUUUCUCUGUCCUGUCAUUCCUCGCCGUAGAGGCCUCAGAGAAUGUGAAUUAUGUGAAUGUAAGGCACACAGUGAACAGUCCACAGAUAGCAGCUACUGGCGUGUGUGCGGUACUGACGUACCUGUCUUUCCAUUCUGCCCUCGUCUCCCGCAGGCGGCGUGGGGAUGAUGUGCCCGCUGAGUGAGCAGGGCAAGCAGCUGGCGGUGCAGGUGUCCAACAUCCUUGGCAUGGACGUGUGCGGCAUUGACCUGCUGCAGCUCAACGACGGCUCGUUCGUGGUGUGCGAGGCCAACGCCAAUGUGGGCUUCAUUGCCUUCGAUCAGGCGUGUGGCAUGGACGUGGCGGGCAUCGUGGCCGACUACGCCCUCUCGCUGCUGCCCAGCCGCCUCACACGCAAGAUGUCGCUGCUCUCGGUGGUGUCCAGUGCCAGCGAGACUAGCAGCGAGCCUGAGGUGUGCCCGGCGCCCAGCAGCGUAUUGCCCGAGGCCGUGUGCAACAUGAGCGUGGGCUCCACUUCUAGUGAGAGCGACCCCGAGCUGGCCGAUACCACCCCGCAGCCCACGAUCCGC